ACCGGUCGGGAUUGGGGUGGGGGUGGGAGGAGAGAAAGAAAGAUCUGUCAAAAUCAUGAAAUUGUGAAACGUGGGAAUAUACGUGCCGAUCAUUUCAUUCAAAGGGAUAGAAUUCAACACAAAGCAAUUUUAUUUUUCUGUGGAUCUCGUAAGGAAUUGAAAGUUGCUACAAUGAUGCUCGGAAGGAAACAAAGUUUGAAAGGGGAGCCAGUUCUGGCAGAUUAUGGACCUGAAGAAUCUCUUAAUGAAAGUGCUGACAUUGAAUGGGUGAACAUGCUUUGGGUCCGUCGUCUAAUGAGAUUCUGUGCUCUCCUCAGUCUUCUUUCAGUGAGCUUGAACACAUCCAAAACAUUUGAAAAACAUCCACCUCUUCAAUAUGCAACCUUCUGUUGUGACCUAGUGGUAACUUUUCUUUUCACAGCAGAAAUGAUUGCAAAAAUGCAUAUUCGUGGAAUUUUGAAGGGUGAAGUUCCAUACCUCAAAGAUCAUUGGUGCCAGUUCGAUGCGAGCAUGGUGUUCUUUUUAUGGAUUUCUGUCAUCCUUCAAAUGUUUGAAAUAUUGAGUAUUGUUCCCCGAUUCACAUAUCUUUCAAUUCUGCGAGCCCCCAGACCCCUCAUCAUGAUUCGAUUUAUUCGUGUUUUUCUAAAAUUUUCAAUGCCAAAAUCAAGAAUAAAUCAAAUUUUCAAACGUUCAAGCCAACAAAUUUACAAUGUAACAUUGUUCUUCCUAUUUUUCAUGUCAUUAUAUGGAUUAUUGGGUGUUCAAUUUUUUGGAGAAUUGAAAAAUCAUUGUGUUUUGAACACAACAAGAAAUGUCACAAUUAAUAGUUUGGCAAUUCCUGACACAUUCUGUUCAGUUGAUAAUAAUUCAGGUUACCAGUGUCCUAGUGGAAUGGAAUGUAGAAAGCUGAACUUUUCACGUUAUAAAAUGGGAUUUAAUGGUUUUGAUGAAUUUGCAACUAGUAUAUUUACAGUGUAUCAAGCAGCAUCUCAAGAAGGCUGGGUUUUUAUCAUGUAUCGUGCCAUAGACAGUCUUCCUGGUUGGCGGGCUGCAUUUUAUUUUAGUACAAUGAUAUUUUUUUUGGCAUGGCUGGUUAAGAAUGUUUUCAUUGCUGUUAUAACAGAAACUUUUAAUGAAAUUAGGGUGCAGUUUCAGCAAAUGUGGGGAGUAAGAGGCCACAUAACUAAUAAUUCAGCAUCACAGAUUCUUACUGGUAAUGACAUGGGAUGGAAACUUGUAACACUUGAUGAAAAUAAACAUGGAGGUUUAGCACCACAAUUUUGUCAUGUGAUUCUGCGUUCUGCCUCUUUCCGCCUUCUCGUAAUGGGAGUUAUUUUAGCAAAUGGAAUUGCUACUGCUACCAUGCAUUUUAAACAUGAUUCCCGACCACGAUCUGUAUUUUAUGAAGAUUAUUACUAUAUUGAAGUUCUUCGAAUAGUUCGUCUCAUUAAAGCUUCACCUAUGUUAGAGGAUUUUGUGUACAAAAUUUUUGGUCCUGGUAAAAAAUUGGGAAGCCUAAUUAUAUUCACAAUGUGCCUUCUAAUAAUUUCAUCAAGUAUAUCAAUGCAACUUUUCUGCUGCCUCUGUGAGUUUCCCAGAUUUGAAAGCUUUCCAGAGGUCCAUGCCAUAUAUAUACAUAUCUAUAUUUUCUUGGGAUGCAUGAUAGGUCUAACCUUAUUUGUUGGUGUUGUCAUUGCCAACUACUCUGAAAAUAAAGGAACAGCACUUUUAACUGUUGAUCAACGACGAUGGUAUCCUUUUAGUACUAUUAAAACGUGUGAUUUAAAGAAACGUUUAAAAAUAGCUCAACCUCUCCAUCUUCCUCCUCGACCUGAUGGUAAAAAAUUUCGAGCUUUCAUUUAUGACAUAACUCAAAACAUAUACUUUAAACGUUUUAUUGCUGUUAUGGUCCUUGCAAACAGUAGUCUCCUUUGUGUUUCAUGGCGGGAAGAAAGAGCACGUCCUUUGGCAACUAUAAGCACAGUUUUAACUCUUGUGUUUGUGAUUGAGGUUGUAAUGAAAAAUAUAGCUUUUACUCCUCGAGGCUAUUGGCAGUCAAGAAGAAAUCGUUACGAUCUUCUUGUAACAGUUUUAGGAGUAAUUUGGAUUUUCAUUAACUUCACAUUACCACAUGAUUUAUCAUACUCUGUGGGCUUUAUGGUUGUCAUUUUGCGGUUCUUCACAAUCACUGGCAAACAUGCUACUUUGAAAAUGCUCAUGCUUACUGUUGGAGUUUCAGUUUGUAAGAGCUUUUUCAUCAUUUUUGGAAUGUUCUUGUUAGUGUUCUUCUAUGCUUUGGCUGGUACCAUUUUAUUUGGCACAGUUAAAUAUGGAGAAGGAAUAGGAAGGAGAGCUAAUUUUGGAUCUCCAGUGACAGGAGUAGCUAUGCUGUUUCGAAUUGUCACAGGAGAAGAUUGGAAUAAAAUAAUGCAUGAUUGCAUGAUCCAACCUCCAUACUGUACUCCAGCUGACAAUUACUGGGAGACGGAUUGUGGCAAUUUCACUGCUUCACUUGUUUACUUUUGUUCAUUUUAUGUAAUAAUAACAUACAUAGUUUUGAAUCUUCUUGUAGCUAUCAUUAUGGAAAAUUUUUCAUUAUUUUAUUCAAAUGAAGAGGAUGCCUUACUGUCUUAUGCUGACAUAAGAAAUUUCCAGAAUACAUGGAAUGUAGUUGAUAUACACCAAAGAGGAGUAAUUCCAGUUCGAAGAGUGAAGUUCAUUCUACGUCUCUUAAAAGGGCGUCUGGAAGUUGAUCCUCAGAAAGAUAGACUUCUUUUUAAACAUAUGUGUUAUGAGUUGGAUCGUUUACAUAAUGGUGAAGAUGUUACAUUUCAUGAUGUUUUAAAUAUGCUGUCAUACCGUUCAGUAGAUAUAAGAAAAGCACUUCAAUUGGAAGAAUUGUUAGCUAGAGAAGAAUUCGAGUAUAUAAUUGAAGAAGAAGUAGCUAAACAAACAAUUCGUACAUGGCUAGAGGGAUGCUUGAAGAAAAUACGUGCAGUUAGUAAGCAGCAAAAUAGUUUAAUUGCUGGAUUACGAGCUACCAAUGAACUUUUGUCAAUGCAAGAUUCUGAAGACAAAUUAAAAGAACCAGAAAGAGAUGUUGAGGCUGAACCCAAAGUAAUUACUUCUACGAAGGCCUGGAAUCAGAGGAAUACUGAACUUUCGAACACAGAAACGGAAGGACCUAGACAUCGCGGUCAUCGAGUCAUGAUCCCAAGAUCAGAUAGUGUUGGAAGUGGUUCAGGCAGAAAGUACUUGGCGCCCACCUUGUCUGAUCCAGCUGUUCGUACAGAUAAAGCCCCUAGUGGUUCGAAGAAAAGAAACAGUCGUCCACAAGGUGGCAGCAAGAACAACCUCCCACAUGUAACAGAAGGAUCUGAACCAAGCAGACUCUUGCGGGACAUUACUGCAAAUAAAACAGCAAUGCCCAAAGUAUCCAAUGUAUUGUUGGAGGUACGGGAUUGGUGGAGUGAGCAAAUGGGUUACAACACGCAAUCAAGUGAUGAAGAUGAAUUUUAAACAUCAAAAGAAUAACAAUUUUCUACAUUGUUUGUUAGGGUUUGAGAUAAAAUUUGAACAUAAUUGUUAUAGAAUGAAAUAAAAUGUAAUUGAUGUAAUAAAUUUUUUAUACGAUUUGUUCAUAUUAAUUUUCUGUCACAAGACACCAAAUUAGUUUCUUCAAUCUGUUUAUUUUCUGCGAUAAUUACAGUUUCAAUUUCAUACAAUGAUUAGUUAACUACAAAUUGCCAACAUAUGUAUCAUAAAACAAAAUUUGCACAGUCUUUCAAGAACGCAUGAGUAAAAACAGAAUAAGAAGUAACAAUAAACCUUUUAGUAAAAAAUAGUGUAAUGAAUAAAUGCAGCUUUUGAUUUUUUUAACCAGGCUAAACCAAUGGUACACAGGCCAUGCAAUAUUGGGAAAGCACAUGGCUUGUAACAUUUUUUUCUAUUUCUAGUUGAAACUUUAAUCUCUAUUUCCUUUGGGGGUCAAUUCUGCAUUUAGAGUACUAACAAGAAAAUUACAGUUAACUAUAAUGUGAAAAGAGAGAUCACAGAAAUGUAGUAUCAUGUCCUUUCACAUUUUUUCUAUUGCAAUAUCACAAAAGUAUAAAUACUGACAUUAAUACCUGUGGUUUCACUACUUCAACUAGCCAACGAGAGGUAAGUAUAUUCAAGGUAUUUUCAAUGGAAAUCUUUUCUCUGCUGAAUGUUUAAUAUAUAUAUACAACACUGCUUUAAAAGUAAUUUAAUAUAAAUUUCUAUGUCAUCCAAAUAUUGUAGAAUAUGCAGUCAAAAUGCAUGUUGUAUGAGUACAAGACCUAAAUAUCUGCUUCCGAAGGGAAGAUAAGAGGAUCUAAUUUAAAUUUCACAGUACAGAGGUAAGUGUUCCCGUGCAUACCAAAAAUAAAAACAGUUUUGAAGCAUUUCAUUACAUGUACAGUUAAAUAUACAAUUCCCCGUAAACAAAACAGAAGAGCAUUUGUAUUCAAUUUCAUGCUUACAACAGCUCUUCAGACAUUCAACAACCAUCUAACAAAAACGGAAGGGAGUUAAGAGCAGUACAAGUUGUCUUCUCAAGCAUACCAUGGAACUGUAUUUCAAAGCUGGAUACUUCAUGUAAUAGUAAGUACACUGAAAAUCCUUUAACCAAGCCCAUGGUCUUCAAAAAACCCUUGCGGUGUUUCUUCCUCUUGGAGCAAGUCCUGGGCUGCAAUGGCUUUCAAAACAUUUUUUUUACUUGUUUCCUGAAUUUCACCUCCUAACAAAAGCUCAUCCAAUAUGAAGUAUGCUUUUUCAAAAUUGAAAAUGAUAUCAAGUUCACAUACACUUCCAAAAUACUUAUCAAGCAACUCAACAUAACGAUGAAUUAUUUCCAAUGUCAACAGCUCAUUAUCCUUCUGUUCAAUGGCACAACAAAAAUAUAAACUAGCAUAUCUUUUAUAUACAACUUUCACAUCUUUCCACUCCAGAAAACUACUCAUUUUAGGCUUCCUGGCUAAAAUUGUAGUUAUUAAUUCUCUUGUUAUCUUCUUCUUCAAUUUGUCUGGAUGUGCCACAUACCAUUUCUGCAAACGGAGUUUCCCUUGGCGACUAAACAACAGCAUAAACUGCAUCUUGCUACCGAUUAUCUCAAUAACAAAUGUUCAUUUCCUAAGUAAAUCAAUAUAUUGUAUCACUUAAAAAAGUUCCGCGAUGAAAUUACGCCCUUUCAAGUUGGCUUUGGCUUCUCUGUCGGCCCGUAACUCCCCCACUACACCUGAACACUACCAUUUUGUAACACAAGCAUCGAACCAGAGAAUACGCAUUGAAUGCACAGUGUUGCCAGAUGAUGGAAUUACACGUAAAAUAAUAAAAAUAAUAAAAUAAUAAUAUCUUCCAAUGUUUUACCACAAAUCUCCAGUG